AUGAUGACAUCUUCAUCAAAACCUUAUCUUUUUUACUUCACAAUCUUGUUCCUCAUUUCAACUUGUGUGAAAGCUAUAAAAGAGUCAUUCGUCAUAGAUAUCAUACAUCGUGAUUCUCCAAAAUCCCCACUAUUCGAUAACACCACAACUCACUUUCAAAGAAUUCACAAUGCCUUACUUCGAUCCGACCAACGAAUGAAUUACUUGUUCCCCAAUAAAGAUAACGCCAUAAACAACUAUGAUCCACGUCCUACUCUGUUUGGCCAGCCUGGAGCAGGAGAAUAUGUUAUGCAGUACGCCUUGGGCCAUCCAAUGUUUCGAACAUACGGUAUCAUUGACACAGGUAGUGACCUCACUUGGUUACAGUGCACACCGUGCACAAGAUGUUAUAGUCAAGGGAAUCUCCCGUUCUUGGAUACUAAUUUUAACUGGGGUCUCCAUGCUGUGGAAUGCUUGAGCUUUACGUGUGUGCACAUUGUGAAUCCAUCAGUGACACAAGUCUUUUGUGAUUACGGUUAUUGUCAGUGUAAAUAUUUGAUAGCGUAUGCUGAUCGUUCAUCUACAAUUGGAGAUGUGUUCGCUACUUUACUCAGACUUCAAACAAGAAAUGGUGACUACAUAGGAUUUCCUACGUUUAUAUUUGGAUGUAGUACAGAAACAACAGGUUCAUUUAGUACAGGAGCUUCUGGUAUUGUUGGGCUUGGAAGAGGACCAGCAUCAUUGGUCUCACAAAUCCGUGACAGCAUUGAAGGAAAAUUUGGAUACUGUUUAGUUCCGGUGGGGCAAGAUGCAUAUAGUCAAAUGAGGUUUGGUCAAAGUGCUGUCAUUUCUGGACCAGAUGUGGUUAUUACUCCAAUGAUAGCAACAACUCCAAUAAAUUACUAUCAUAUUUCGUUUGAAGGAAUUACUGUGGAGGGCGUGUAUAUACCAUAUAUAACAGGUAAUUUAGGCAAUGCAAUCAUCGACUCUGGGACAAUAGUGACUAGGUUACCAGCAAGAUUGUACUCAUUUGUUGAAAGCCAAGUUGCAUUACAUUUGGACCGAUUGUACACACGUGUUCAAAGAAGAUUUUACAGCCUGUGCUAUUCACAUAACAACAUUGAGACAAUGGGAGGUCCAAAAAUUACAAUUCAUUUAAGAGGAGGAAAUCUGGUGUUAAGUCCAGAGAAUAUAUAUAUUCAGGUUGAUUAUGGGGCAGUGUGCUUCAAUUUCAAAUCUCAUCCAACCGACCUUGUAAUUGGGACCAAUGUUCAGGCAAAUUUCAUCGUUUCAUUUGACCUUCAAAGGAGGGAAAUUGGCUUCUUGAAAAUAAAUUGCGCCUCCCUGAGCUGA